AAAUAAUGAUUAUUUUAAUGAUUUAUUGUAAUUAAUUUAAACAGUCAUUUGACUAAAUUUACAAAAGUCAAUAUGCGCAAUUAUACAUGCGCAAUAAAAAACGACUCCAAAAUCUGGCCGUCACCUGUAUCAAAAGGUGAAAAUAUAAUUGCAAAUUAAAAACAAAAAAAAAAAACAAAAAUGUCAAGUUGUUUUCAUAAACCAAAAGUUUAUCGGUCGAGUACUGGAUGCUGCAUUUGCAAAGCAAAAUCCAGCAGUUCUCGUUUUACUGAUAGUAAAAAAUAUGAAGAUGAUUUUAUGGAAUGUUUUAAAUUAAAAGAAAGACGUCAAGGUGAAAUAUGCAAUGCUUGUGUACUUCUUGUAAAACGUUGGAAAAAAUUACCAGCUGAUUGUAAUAGAGACUGGCAGCAUGUUGUUGAUGCAAGAGCUGGUCCUGGUAUUAAAUCAUUGACAAAAUUUAAAGCUAAAAAUAAAAAAAAACCAGUUAUUAAAGAUACAUGUAUUGAAAAAAUUGAAAAAAUUGUUAAAAAAAAACAUGUUUAUUUAAAACCAGAACGUGAACAAAGUCCACAAGAAAGUGAUGAAGCUAACGAUGAAGACAAUACAAGUAAAAGUUCAAGUCGUCCUGGUACACCAGAAGACUGUGAUGAUAUUGUCGUUAAAAAAAGAUUUAAACGUGCUAAAAGACGUAAUAUUGAUGAAAAUUUAUCAUCACCAAUUGAUUGGAUUGACUUGACUAUAUACAAAAAAACAAGAAUUUGUUGUGGUAUUAUAUUCAAAGGACCAUACGGUGAAAUAAUAAUUGAUCAAUCAUUAUUUAAAACAUGCUCAAGUUGUUUAUUACGUCAAAAGAAUAAACAACAAUUAAUUAAUACUAAUAAUUCAUUCCAUUCAUCAUCAGUAAGUCCACCACACAGUGUUGAUUCAGCAACAGCAACAACAACAACAUCAACAGAAUUAACAAAACAAACUGGAAAAAUAUUCAGUGAUUCAUCAUCUGAUUCUGGCUAUGAUGAAUCAUCUAAUCAAGGUAUUGAUGGACGUAAAAAUAUUAAAAUUAGUAAUAGUAAUAAUAAUAGUAGUAGUAUUAAUAAUAGUUGUAUAACAACAACUAAAAAAUUAACAAAUAUAUUAAUACCACCAGUUAAAAAAAUACCAAUUAAAUUAAUACCAAUUAAACAAGUUGAAAAAUUAACAUGUAAAUCAUUGGUAUCAACAACAAAACAAGUCAAUUCACUUGUUGAUUUUGCUAUUCAUACACCAAGACAAUCAGUAACUAAUUAAUAAUCAUUUUUUUUUUUAAUUUUUUUUCAUUUACUUAAUAAUGUCUUUAAUUUAUUUUUUUUUCUCGUGGGUAAUUUAAUUUUUAAGUAGUGCGAU